AUGUGGGUCCCGGCAGAGCCCGCCGAGCCACUGAGGACCCUCAUGAUGAGUGUUAGUACCCGCGGAGCCCACUGAGGAUGCCUGCCAAAUGAUGAGUUCAGACCGCCGAGCCAUACUGAGGAACCCUCAUGAUGGAGUUCAGACCCUCGUCCACUGAGGACGCGCUUCAUGAUGUAGUUCUAGACCCGUUCGAGCGUCACUGAGGACGCGGCUCAUGAUGAGUUUAGAGACUCCGGCGAGCCACUGAGGAGCCUCCUGUGAGUCAGACACCGCGGAGCCAGUGCUGAGGUGACCCUCAUGAUGAGUUUCAAGUACCGGCGCGAUCCAACUGAGGACCCUCGUGAUGAGUUCAGACCGCGAGUCUCACUGAGGACCCUCAUGAUGAGUUCGCUAGGAACCUCCGCGAGCCACUGUGGACCUUCAUGAUGAUUUAGACCCUCGAGCGCACUGCGGACAGGCUGCUCAUGAUGAUUUCGGUACCCCGCCCGCGAGCCAACUGAGGACCCUCAUGAUGAUUUCUGACCCGCGAGCCGAACUGUGGACCCUCAUGAGAUUUCAGACCCGCGAGCCACUGCGGACGCGCUCAUGAUUAUUUCAGAUCGACCCGGCGAGCUCAGUUCUGGCUGAGCCGCUCAUGAUGAGUUUCAGACUCCGUUCGAGUCCACUACUGCGGACUACCUCAUGAUGAGUUCGACCCGCGAACCUACUGUGGACCCUCAUGAUGAGUUCAGAACCUGCGAGCGCACUGUGGACGGCUCAUGUAUGCGUCUAGUACCCGCGGAGCCAUUCUGCCGUACGUCUCAUGAGGGUUCAGAACCGCAAACGCAGCAUUUGACCUCAUGAUUGAGUUCAAUGGUUUGUUGGCCACCACCCGCAUCAAGUUCCCAUGUCGCCCUGGUUCUAGUGGGUCGACGGAUACUGAAUGGAAUUUUCCAUGUGUUCUUUAUGUGAGAACUCCUUUGUAGAUCUUGAUUUAUGUCAAGCACAUUUGACAUAAUGGUUGUUUCAUGAGUUUGUACAUGGCGGCAAUGUCUGGCGUGUCCCUUAACAUGUACGGACCGAUUAAGUUCCCAGAGGUUGUCGUGUGGUCUGUUCUAUCAACAAAGGAUAUCAUAGGGAGGAUCAUGUUGCUUCAUGUAAAAAGGUCCAUGGUCUUAGGAAGGGCACUGCCGUUGUAGAGAUGCAUUAUGUUUUCGCUACACAACAAUUGUUUUUUAAUCAUUAUUUAGUGUCGCCAUUGUGUUGCAUCAAUAUGCGUACUUAUGGUAGUUUUCUAGGUUGUUGAAUCUCACACUGUUAUAUCGGUGGCAGCUGAGUCAAACUUCUCUAGAUGCAAAGUGUCCUGUUGUUUGUGUGUUGGCAGAACUGGGAGAAACUGAGUAUCAUUUCCAGCUGCUGUCAGCCCUUGCCAGCUACAUCAGCGUCGCUCUCUUGCUCCUACUACUGCAAGAAGCAACCAUGGAGGAUGAUGAGGCUAGUCAUUGUGGCAUGGAGAGUGAGUGUGGUGAGUGAGACGUCAGAAACAGGCUCCAAACACACACACACAGUCGCUUACCUUGGUAGACAUGAGCUGCAUCUGUUUGUUUUGUCUAUGAGUCGAUUCUGGACUCAUGAAUCGAGCAGAGUCUUUUCUGAAAAUGCUGACAUACUAACCUCUCAUUACGUCGCUGUCUGUUGUCGAUUAUAGUGCAGGCAUAGAUCCUUUAAAUAUGCUCUGUCUUGCUAAGCUUGCACUCUUUUGUUACAUUUACAAGUUGAAGUCAGAUUUACAUACACUUAGGUGGGGAGUCGAUUAAAAAACAUCGUUUUUCAUUUGCAACCCUGCUACAAAAUUACUUGUUAUAAGCACUAUAGUUUUUGGGCAAAGUCGUAGGACAUCUACUAAUUGGUGGCAUGCACAAGUAAUUUUUGCCAACAAUUGUUUACAGAUAAUUAUUUCAUUUAUAGAUUCACUGUAUGCGCACAAUUCCAAGUGGGUCAGAUGUUUACAGCAGGCUAAGUUGACUGUGUCUUGAAACAUGGCUUGAAAACCUUUACUCAGUUACACCAGCUCUGGUGCAGGAGGACAUGGGCCAAAUUCACCGCAACUUAUUGUGGGUAGAGGCUUGUGAAAUGAGGCUAGUCCAAAACAUUUGACCCAGUUACACAAUUAAAGGUUCAAUGCUAGGCUAUCCCCCAAAUACUAUAUUGAAGUGUAGUAAACUUCUGACGCCAAUGGGAAUGUGUAUGAAGCAUAAUAUAAAGCUGAAAUAAAUCAUUCUGCUCUAGCUAUUAUUCUGACAUUUGGCACAUUCUUAAAAUAAAGUGGUUAUCCUUACGUGGACCUAAGACGAGGGAUAGUUUUACUAGGAUAAAUGUCUGGUAAUUGUGACAACUGAGUUUAAAUGUAUUUGCUUAGUGUAUGUAACUCCUACUUCCACUGUAGUAGAGAAAUGAACUUACAAUUCUAGUGGACUAUUCCCUGGGGGCAGUCGGCCAUGCCCAUUGCACGCCCAUCCCGUCUCAAAACUCAUAACUCCUCAGAGACACUCUGUGACUUGUGUUGGGAGGCUCAGAACAUGCACUAUUUAAAGUGGCCACUUUUAUUGUCCCUCAACACAAGGUGGCACCUGUUGAAUGAUAUGCUGUUUAAUCAGGGCUGUCUAUGCUUGAUUGGGCAAAGAGAAUUGUCUGCAUUAACAUGGGAUGUAACAAUUUGUCGCAACAUUUAAGAGAAAUAAGCUUUGUGCAUAUGAAAAAUUUUGGGGGAUCUAUAUUUCAGCUGCAUGAAUACAUGGGAGCCUAUGUUUUAUUGCAUUGUUGGCGUUAUUUUUGUUUUCAUAUAGAUACAGUGGGCUCAGAUACGAUAUUCAUACCAGACCCCUUGACUUAUUCCAAAUUUUUUGUACAGUCCUGAAUUUAAUAAUGGAUUAAAUAUUUUUUUCCUCUACUCCAUCUUGAACACAUACCACAGAGCUAAAGUGAAAACAUGUUUUUUAGAAUGUUUUGCUUAAUUUAUAUUGAAAGAAAUGCAGAAAUAAGCGGCUAUUUACAAUAUCGUAUUCACAGACGCCUGUAGUCAAUACUAUUGUAGAAGCACUCUUUGGGAGUGAUUACGAGCUGUGAGGUCUUUCUGGGUAAGUCUCUACGCGUUUUCCACACCUGGAUAGGGCACAUUUGCCGUGAUUAUUCUUUCAAAGAUUCUUCAUCGCUCUGUCAAGUGUGGUUGUUGAUCAUUGGCUAGUGAACGAACGCACUUUUAGGUCUUGUGUCCAUUAGAUUUUAUGUAUGUUAAGGUUAAGACUGUUUUUGGCCCCUCAGGAAAUUCACUGGGGGGGGGGGGGUAGAAGGUAUACUUUAUCCUAUCCCUAGGUAUUCCUUAACGAGGUGGGGGUUCAAUGUCUCCGGGAAGGUGGUGGUGACUUCCGCUGUCGCUGCGGUCGUGAGGGUUUCAUUUGUAAAAAUGUCGCAAAACAGAAUCCACUUUGACAUUAUGGGGUAUUGUGUGUAGCGCCAUUGAGCAAAAAUCUAAAUGUAAUAAAUAUAGUAUAAAAAUCAGCUUAACAGAACAAAAUGUGGAAAAGGUCUAAGGGGUGUGAAUACUUCCUGAUGCACUGUAACUUACUGUAUUUAAUGACUAAGCAAAUGGUUGUUUCUAUUGAUUAACAUGGAGGACUUUCUACUUUGAUAUGCUUUAUGUUCUUUGAAAAAUAAACAAAGAUGUUACAUCAUCUUGUGAAACAAAUAUUAAGUCUAAAUUUUUGCAUGAUGAAAGUCAUAGAAAACAAAACUAAAAAAAAAACCGCAGUUAAUUAUUUGGACCUCUGAAGAUACAAAUGUUUUGUCUGCGUUGAAAUUGUAAAUCUAUAACUUUAAGUAUGAUAUGGCAAUUAGUUAAAACAGUUAAGUUUCAGUAAUCUCACACAUCAUUAAAACGUAUCAUCAUCCUGCCCUCUCUCCCCCUCCCGCUCCUUGCUCGCUCUCCUCGCCUCCUCUCCGCUCUCCCUCGCCUCUUCUCUGCCUCGCCUUCUCCCUCGCUCUCUCUCUCUCGGCUUCCUCCUCUCCUGCUCCUCUCUCCUCCUCCUCUCCUCUCUUCCUCUUCGCUCCUCGUUCCACUCGCUUCUCCCCUCCUCUCUCCCUCGCUCCUGCCUCCUCUCCUGCUCCUCUCCUCUCCUCUCCUCUCCUCUCGCCGGUCCUCUCCUCUUCCUCCUCCUCGUCCGCUCCUCUCGCUCUCGCUCUCCUCUCCUCGUUCCUCUCCUCCUCUCCUCUCCUCUUCAUCCCAUCCUCUCCCCUCUCUCCCUCCCUCCUCUCCGCUCUCUAUCCCUCCUCCCCUGCCCCUCCCCUGCGCGUCCCUCCCUCCUCCUCUCAAUCUCCUCCUCUCCUCCUCCUCUCCCCCCCCAUCCUCUCUCCCCUCUCUCCUCUCGCCUCCUUCCUCUCCGCUCCUCUCCUCUCUCGCGCGCAUCUCUCUCCCUCCCUUCCUCCCCCUCAUGUCUCCUCCUAUCUACCUCCUCCUCCUCGCCUCUCUCCCUGCUCCUCCCGCGGACCCUGCAUCCUCUCCUCUCCCCCGCUCUUCCCCCUUCUCUCUCCUCUCCCCCCUACCCCCCUCCUCUCCUCUCCUUAUAUUUCGAGUUCGAUGGGAUGAGAAAGCUGCGGGAAAAAAAGCCUACUCUUCAAGAAUCUAUGCGUAUAUAUCCAUAAUUUAUGUCUAGAUGACAGUGUAAUGUUGAUAUACUGAUCUGCACCCUCUCUCUUCCUUCCUCAACGGAUGGAGGGGGCACAUAGGAGGAAAACUUGGGUGUGGCUUCAGUUCUUCAACUCAAGAAAAACGCUUCGUCUUCUGAUCAUUUGAAGACUUUGCAGCUUUCCUAAACACUAAUUCCUGGUAAGCCUACUAAUCAUACAGGGGUGGUAAUUGUAUAAUGUUAGUAUAAAGUGCCCAUUUGUUGUAACCUAAAGCCUGGUUUCUUUGGCUAAUGUAUUUUAUCAGUAUAACGAUGCAAAUAUUUUUAUUUGUACAAAGGAAUGUCAAUUUGAAUGUAGUGCACAGUGUGAGUGUUCUAGGUCGUCACACAAUGUAGGGAAAUCAUAUUACCAGACCUGGGUCAAAAAUGUUUUCUGAAUUUCAAUUAGGCUACUUUUUAUUGGCAUUUGCAAAUACUUCAAAUAUGUGUUUGUGCUAGUAUUUGAAAGGCUGCAUGUUCAAUUAUUUGUAUUUAAAUGUCUGGGUAGUAAUUGGAAACUCACCAUUAUUUACACAUUUCUAUCAGCAUUAGCAAUAACUACUCCUACAUACUUUAUGCUAAAAAUACAAUUUAAACAUUAUCAUGUACUUCUUCAAGCUAUAGUUUUUCUUUUUGAUAUUUUUGAUACUAAAUGGCGGCCAGUCAGUGUUAUGUUUGGAAGGAUUGCUGCACAUUUAUUCCUAAUAAUACUGCUGUCACGCCCUGGCUCUGGGGACACUGUUAUGUUGAGCCAGGGUGUGUAAUUCUAUGUUUGUAUUUCUAUGUUGGCCUGAGUGACUCCCAAUCAGAGGCAACGAGUGUCAGCUGGUUGUCUCUGAUUGGGAGCCAUAUUUAAACUGUCUGUCUUUCACUUUGUGUUUGUGGUUUCUUGUUCUUAUUUGGUUUGUGUUACACCGUAGACAUCACGUUAUCGUCUGUUGUUUUGAUCGUGUGAUCAUUCAUUAAUAAAUAUGUUCACCUUCAACGCUGCGCAUUGGUCUCUCCCUGACGAUCGUGACAGAAGAAACCACCAGAAACUGGACCAAGCAGCCUAGUGAGGAGCAGAGUGGGUGGACUUGGCAACAGUGGAGGAAGAGCUUCGACUGGGUCAAGCCGAAUGAGGAGCUGAAUGGCGGAGAUUGGAAGCAGAAGAGCGAGAGUUGGGCGAGAAUUAUCGAGGUCUGGCCCCGGGGAAGAGAGACUCCCAGAAAAUUUUUAGGGGGGGGCUCACGACGUCGGACAAGCAGGAGGCCGCGAUAGAGCGGCCCAGUGGGUUGCCAGAGGAGGCCGCCAGGUUACGGGGGCCACUGGUCGAAGAGGGGAUGGAGGAUGUAGAGGCACGGCGAGAGGUACUGGCGUGUGUUGCCAGUCCGGUCCGGCCCGUUCCAGAUCCCGGUGUAGGGCCAGUGGUUGUGUGUCCCCAGUACGGUCCGGUCUGUUCCUGCUCCCCGCACCAAGUCAGUGGUGCGCGUCGUCAGCCCGGCUCGGCCCAUUCCUGCUCCCCGCACCAAGUCUGUGGUGCGUUUCGUCAGCCCUGUCCGGCCCGUUCCUGCUCUCCGCACCAAGUCGGUGGUGCGCGUCGCCAGCCCAGUCCGCCCAUUCCUGCUCCCCGCACCAAGUCUACGGUGCGUGUCGCCAGCUCGGCCCGGCCUGCUCCCCGCACCAAGUCAGUGGUGCGUUUUCGUCAGCCCUGUCCGGCCCGCUCCUGCCUCCCCACACCAAGCCAGUGGUGUGCGUCGUCAGUGCAGCACGGCCCGUGCCUGUUCCCCACACCAAGCCAGUGGGUGUGCGUCGUCGGUCCGGCACGGCCCGUGCCUGUUCCACUGGUGCCUGGUCCGGCACCGGUCAGAUGCGUUACGCCGGAGCUAGAGCAAUCCGCUCCAUCAGUGUGCAGUCCAGCUCCGGCCAGCGGGACCGGACCAGGGGUACUUUGGGGGGUUGGAGAGGGAGUGGGGAUCAGGCCCGGAGCCGGAUCCGCCGCCAAGGCGGAGUGCCCACCCGGUCCCUCACCUGUGGUAUUUAGUUGGCGCGGUCGGAGUCCGCGCCUUUAGGGGGGGGGGUACUGUCACGCCCUGGCUCUGGGGACACUGUUAUGUUGAGCCAGGGUGUGUAAUUCUAUGUUUGUAUUUCUAUGUUGGCCUGAGUGACUCCCAAUCAGAGGCAACGAGUGUCAGCUGGUUGUCUCUGAUUGGGAGCCAUAUUUAACUGUCUGUCUUUCACUUUGUGUUUGUGGUUUCUUGUUCUUAUUUGGUUUGUGUUACACCGUAGACAUCACGUUAUCGUCUGUUGUUUUGAUCGUGUGAUCAUUCAUUAAUAAAUAUGUUCACCUUCAACGCUGCACAUUGGUCUCUCCCUGAUGAUCGUGACAACUGCCCCAGUGUCACGGUUUCGGCCGAGGCUGCUCCUCCUCCUGGUUCGGGCAGACUUCGGCGGUCGUCGUCCCCGGAGUACUAGCUGCCACCGAUCUAUGUUUCAUGUUCGUUUGGUUUUGUCUUGAUGUUGUACACCUGUGUCUAGUUAGUCCUCGUUAGUGUCCUAUUUAGUUCUCGUUGUGUGUGUCUGUGUUUGUGUGUGAUUGCUCUUCUGUUUUGGUGUUUGAGCUACGUACUUCCCUCCAGUGUUUGGAGAGGUUUUCGCACAUGUUAGUGCGCCGUUUGUUUGACGCCUGUGUGCGCCGUUAUUUCGCCUCUGGGCUUAUUGUGCUCAUUUUCUACGUGAAUAUUUCACUAAAGUCUUUUGGACUGAGCUUCUGCGUCCUGCGCUUGAUUCCUGCACCACACCCACCUUCAGCACCCCUUGACACCCAGGAGGAACAUUCUCUGAGGCAAUGAUCAAGCUUAAAGGAUUGAGACAGGAAGUCAAGAACAAUGCUGGGCAGGACGUGUUAUGUUGGAAGCGAGUGCUGCAUGUGUCACGAUCGUUCACGGAAGAUAUGGACCAAGGCGCAGCGUGAUAAGCGUACAUUUUAUUAAGUACACAACACUCGACAAAAACAACAAACAAACGAUACGUGAAGUCCUAGGUUAUACAAAACAAACCUUAACGGAACAAGAUCCCACAACUAAUUAGUGCCAAUCGGCUACCUAAGUAUGGUUCCCAAUCAGAGACAACGAGCUACAGCCGUCUCUGAUUGGGAACCACCCUGGCCAACAUAGAUAUACAAGAACUAGAACCGAACAUAGAAAAACUAAACAUAGAACAUCCACACCCUGGCUCAACAUUUAAGAGUCCCCAGAGCCAGGGCGUGACAGUACCCCCCCUCAAAGGCGCGGACUGCGACCGCGCCAACCAAACACAACAGGGGAGGGGCCGGGUGGGCAUUCCACCUUGGAGGCGGACCCGGCUCCGGGCGUGACCACCACUCUUUCGCUUACCCCCCCGUAGCGCCCCUGGUCUGGACUGGAGCCGCUGGCCGGAGCUGGACUGGACACCGGUGGAGCGGAUUUCUCUGGCUCCGGAGUGGAUCCGCUGACUGGAGUUGGACCGGAGCCCGGUGGAGCGGAUUGCUCUGGCUCCGGAGUGGAGCAGCUUGACCGGUGCCGGACCAGGCACCGGUGGAACAGGCACGGGCCGUGCCGGACUGGACACACGCACCACUGGCUUGGUGCGGGGAGCAGGAACGGGCCGGACUGGGCUGUCGACGCGCACCACUGGCUUGGUGCGGGGAGCAGGAACGGGCCGGACCGGGCUGACGACACGCACCACUGGCUUGGUGCGGGGAGCAGGAACGGGCCGUACCGGGCUGACGACGCGCACCACUGGCUUGGUGCGAGGGACAGGAACAGGCCGGACCGGGCUGGGAACACGCACCAUUGGCUUGGUGAGGGGAGCAGGAACAGGCUGGGCUGGACUGGGACCACGCACCACUGGCUUGGUGCGGGGAGAAGGCACAGGCCGGGCUGGACUGGGAACACGCAACACUGGUUUGCUGCGGGGAGCCGGAACGGGCCGGGCCGGACUGUGGAGGCAGACUGGAGGUCUGGAGCGGAGAGCUGACACAACCCGUCCUGGCUGAAUGCCUAUUUCCACACAAUAUGUGUGAGGCAUCAGCACAGGACGUACAGGGCUGUGCACUCGUACUGGCGCUAUAGCACGUGGCACUGGCGCAGGAUGUACGGGACCGAGGAGGCGUACCGGAGGCCACGAGCAUUGAGCCGGCACACCCCGUCCUGGCUGCAUGCACCGGACGUACAGGACUGUGCCGGAACACUCGCGGCACAGUACGUGGCUCCGCAUAACACGGAGCCUGCCCAGUCUCACGCUUCCUAGCCUGAGUACGGGGAGUUGGCUCUGCUCUAACUCUAGGCUCCGCCAACCACCCUUUUAGCCCCCCCAAUUUUUUUUCUUGGGGCUGUCUCUCAGGCUUCCUCCUCGGCCGGUACCCUCUGCGUUGCCGCUGCUCCUCUCUGUAGCGCGCCUCCACAUUCUCCUCCCAAGGACGGCGAUCCAUUCCGGCCUGAAUCUCCUCCCAAGUCCAGGAUCCCUUCCCGUCCAGGAUCUCCUCCCAAGUCCAGGCUGUCUGUUCCUGGACACGCUGCUUGGUCCUCUUUUGGUGGGAUCUUCUGUCACGAUCGUUCACGGAAGAUACGGACCAAGGCGCAGCGUGAUAAGCGUACAUUUUUUAUUGUACUUAACACACGAUCAAAAACAACAAACAAACGAUACGUGAAGUCCUAGGUUAUACAAACACAAACCUUAAUGUGACAGAAGAUCCCACCAUUACAGGAUCAAGCAGCGUGCCCGGGAGGAGAAGCUGGCGAUGUCGCAGGUGGGCACAUGUUGGUCUUGGGAGGACAUAUUCACGGGCAGAGGGCCAUGGGCAAGAGUAAAUGCGCAGGCAGGAGAGGAGAAACGACGACGGACACGCGAGAGGCAACCCCAAGUAAUUUUUUUGAGGGGGCACACGGCGUGGACGACGGGGCUGCUAGAGGCAGCUACAGGGCGAGUUUGCGGACUAGGAGAGGAGGCCACCAGGUAACGGGGGCCAUUGGUCAUGAGGGGGAAGGAGAGUGUAGAGGCACGGCGAGAGGUACUGGGGUGUGUUACCAGUCCGGUCCGGCCCGUUCCUGAUCCCCGCACAAGCCCAGUGGUGUGUGUUCCCAGUAUGGUCCGGCCUGUUCCUGUCCCUCGCACCAAGCCUGUGGUGCGCGUCGCCAGCCCGGUCCGGCCUGUUCCUGCUCCCCGCACCAAGCCUGUGAUGCGCGUCGUCAGCCCAGUCCGGCCUGUUCCUGCUCCCUGCACCAAGCCUGUGGUGCGCAUCGCCAGCCCGGUCCGGCCUGUUCCUGCCCCUCGCACCAAGACAGUGGUGCGCGUCGCCAGCCCGGUCCGGCCUGUUCCUGCUCCCCGCACCAAGCCUGUGGUGCGCGUCGCCAGCCCGGUCCGGCCUGUUCCUGCUCCCCGCACCAAGCCAGUGGUGCGCGUCGCCAGCCCGAUCCGGCCUGUACCUGCUCCCCGCACCAAGCCAGUGGUGCGCGUCGCCAGCCCGGUCCGGCCUGUUCCUGCCCCUCGCACCAAGCCAGUGGUGCGCGUCGCCAGCCCGGUCCGGCCUGUUCCUGCCCCUCGCACCAAGCCAGUGGUGCGCGUCGCCAGCCCGGUCCGGCCUGUUCCUGCCCCUCGCACCAAGCCAGUGGUGUGCGUCGCCAGCCCGGUCCGGCCUGUUCCUGCCCCUCGCACCAAGCCAGUGGUGCGCGUCGCCAGUCCGGUCCGGCCCGUUCCUGCUCCCCGCACCAAGCCAGUGGUGCGCGUCGUCAGCCCGGUCCGGCCCGUUCCUGCUCCCCGCACCAAGCCAGUGGUGCGCGUCGUCAGCCCGGUCCGUCCCGUUCCUGCUCCCCGCACCAAGCCAGUGGUGCGCGUGUCCAGUCCGGCACGGCCCGUGCCUGUUCCACUGGUGCCUGGUCCGGCACCGGUCAGCUGCUCCACUCCGGAGCCAGAGCAAUCCGCUCCACCGGGGUCCGGUCCAACUCCAGUCAGCGGAUCCACUCCGGAGCCAGAGCAAUCCGCUCCACCGGUGUCCAGUCCAGCUCCGGCCAGCGGCUCCAGUCUGGAGCCUGUACGGUUUGAUCCACCGUCGUCGGGUCCAGCUCCAGUCAGCGGUGCCAGACCAGACCAGGAGCGCAACGGGGAGGUGGAGAGAAAGUGGUGGUCACGCCCGGAGCCAGAUCCGCCUCCGAGGCGGAAUUCCCACCCGGCCCCUACCCUGUUGUGUUUGUGUGGCGCGGUCACAGUCCGCGCCUUUUGGGGGGGGGGGGGGGGGGGGGGGGGGGGGGUACUGUCACGCCCUGGCUCUGGGGACUCUUAAAUAUUGAGCUAGGGUGUGUAGUUUCUAUGUUGUAUUUUCUAUGUUUAUUCUAGAUCGUGUAUUUCUAUGUUGGCCGGUUGGUUCCCAAUCAGAGGCAGCUGUGGCUCGUUGUCUCUGAUUGGGAACCAUACUUAGGCAGCCUGUUUUCACCAGUUAGUUGUGGGAUCUUGUUCCGUUAAGGUUUGUGUUUGUAUAACCUAGGACUUCACGUAUCGUUUGUUUGUUGUUUUUGAUUGUGUGUUAAGUACAAUAAAAAAUGUACGCUUAUCACGCUGCGCCUUGUCCGUAUCUUCCGUGAACGAUCGUGACAGCAUGUUUAUUCCUAAUAAUACUGGCCCAGGAGGAACAUUCUCUGAGGCAAUGAUCAAGCUUAAAGGAUUGAGACAGGAAGUAAAGAACAAUGCUGGGCAGGAUGCACAUGCCUGGGAUUGGUUGGACUUAACUUUUGGAAAAUGGGGAGCAAUGUUCACUAAAAUGGCAAUGAUGAUAGGUAUAGCACUGGUAGUAAUGGGAAUAGUAUUUUGCUGUGUGUUGCCAUUGCUGAAAUCCCUGUUGAUCAAAACAACGGUAAAACAAAUGACUGUGAGGAGAACGGCUAUAAGGACCAAAACCGAAUGGGACAUGAAAUUGACAGAGGUGAUCCAAGUUCCAAGGAAACCAGGACAUUAUAUUAAUUCUAACAGGAAGCCUUGCAACGACAAAGGAGGACCACUUGACUGUACUUAUGGAAACCCAGAAUGUGUAUAUGGGGUAGUGGCAGGAGGAAGAUGGAAGUGAAGACAAAUAUAAAAAUCUGUGAAAAUAUUAUUUAAAAAUAGAAAUAGAAAUACAUAUUGGAAUUUGACCCAGGUCUGCAUAUACAGUGAGGGAAAAAAAAGUAUUUGAUCCCCUGCUGAUUUUGUACGUUUGCCCACUGACAAAGACAUGAUCAGUCUAUAAUUUUAAUGGUAGGUUUAUUUGAACAGUGAGAGACAGAAUAACAACAAAAAAAUCCAGAAAAACGUAUGUCAAAAAUGUUAUAAAUUGAUUUGCAUUUUAAUGAGGGAAAUAAGUAUUUGACCCCCUCUCAAUCAGAAAGAUUUCUGGCUCCCAGGUGUCUUUUAUACAGGUAACAAGCUGAGAUUAGGAGCACACUCUUAAAGGGAGUGCUCCUAAUCUCAGUUUGUUACCUGUAUAAAAGACACCUGUCCACAGAAGCAAUCAAUCAAUCAGAUUCCAAACUCUCCACCAUGGCCAAGACCAAAGAGCUCUCCAAGGAUGUCAGGGACAAGAUUGUAGACCUACACAAGGCUGGAAUGGGCUACAAGACCAUCGCCAAGCAGCUUGGUGAGAAGGUGACAACAGUUGGUGCGAUUAUUCGCAAAUGGAAGAACCACAAAAGACCUGUCAAUCUCCCUCGGCCUGGGGCUCCAUGCAAGAUCUCACCUCGUGGAGUUGCAAUGAUCAUGAGAAUGGUGAGGAAUCAGCCCAGAACUACACAGGAGGAUCUUGUCAAUGAUCUCAAGGCAGCUGGGACCAUAGUCACCAAGAAAACAAUUGGUAACACACUACGCCGUGAAGGACUGAAAUCCUGCAGCACCCGCAAGGUCCCCCUGCUCAAGAAGGCACAUAUACAGGCCCGUCUGAAGUUUGCCAAUGAACAUCUGAAUGAUUCAGAGGAGAACUGGAUGAAAGUGUUGUGGUCAGAUGAGACCAAAAUCGAGCUCUUUGCCAUCAACUCAACUCGUCGUGUUUGGAGGAGGAGGAAUGCUGCCAAGAACAUGGAGGUGGAAACAUUAUGCUUUGGGGGUGUUUUUUCUGCUAAGGGGACAGGACAACUUCACCGCAUCAAAGGGACGAUGGACGGGGCCAUGUACUGUCAAAUCUUGGGUGAGAACCUCCUUUCCUCAGCCAGGGCAUUGAAAAUUGGUCGUGGAUGGGUAUUCCAGCAUGACAAUGACCCAAAACACACGGCCAAGGCAACAAAGGAGUGGCUCAAGAAGAAGCACAUUAAGGUCCUGGAGUGGCCUAGCCAGUCUCCAGACCUUAAUCCCAUAGACAUUUUGUGAAGGGAGCUGAAGGUUCGAGUUGCCAAACGUCAGCCUCGAAACCUUAAUGACUUGGAGAAGAUCUGCAAAGAGGAGUGGGACAAAAUCCCUCCUGAGAUGUGUGCAAACCUGGUGGCCAACUACAAGAAACGUCUGACCUCUGUGAUUGCCAACAAGGGUUUUGCCACCAAGUACGAAGUCAUGUUUUGCAGAGGGGUCAAAUACUUAUUUCCCCCAAAGCAUGAUGUUUCCACCUCCAUGUUUGACGGUGGGGAUGGUGUUCUUGGGGUCAUAGGCAGCAUUCCUCCUCCUCCAAACACGGCAGGAAGUGUGCAAAGCUGUCAUCAAGGCAAAGGGUGGCUACUUUGAAGAAUUUCAAAUAUAAAAUAUAUUUUGAUUUGUUUAACACUUUUUUGGUUACUACAUGAUUCCAUAUGUGUUAUUUCAUAGUUUUGAUGUCCUCACUAUUAUUCUACAAUGUAAAACCAAAACCAAACACUGCAUUCCACAGUAAGAACAUCAUACCAAAGGUCAAGCAUGGUGGUGGUGGUGUAAUGGUUUGGGGAUGCUUUGCUGCCUCAGGACCUGGACGACUUGCCUUAAUAGAAGGAACCAUGAAUUCUGCUCUGUAUCAGAGAAUUCUACAGGAGAAUGUCAGACUAUCCGUCUGUGAGCUGAAGCUGAAGCGCAGCUGGGUCAUGCAGCAAGACAAUGAUCCAAAACACACAAUGAUCCAAAACAACAAAUUGGAAGUUUUGUAAUGGCCUAGUCAAAGUCCAGACCUAAUCCCAAUUGAGAUGUUGUGGCAGGACAUGAAAGGAGCAGUUCAUACUUGAAAACCCACACGUCACUGAGUUAAAGCAGUUCUGCAUGGAAGAGUGGGCCAAAAUUCAGCGACGUGAGAGACUGAUCAACAACUACAGGAAGCAUUUGGUUGGAGUCAUUGCAGCUAAAGGUGGCACAACCAGUUAUUGAGUGUAAGGGGGCAAUUACUUUUUCACACAGGGGAAUUGGGUGUAGCAUAACUUUGUUUAUGACAUAAAUAUGUAAUUGUUGUGUUAUUUGUUCACUUAUGUUCCCUUUAUCUAAUAUUAGGUUUUGGUUGAAGAUCUGAUAACAUUCAGUAUCACAAUUAUGCAAAAGUAGAGAAAAUUAGAAAGGGGGAAAAUACUUUUUCAUAGCACUGUAAGAACUACUCCCCAACACUGCUUCACUGCCAUGAGGAUGGCAACACUUAACGAAGCUAAACCACAUUAUGCUUCCCUGUAACUUGGCAUGUACCAAAGACAUAACAAUGGAUGACAGCCUGCUCUUAAACACAAAACAAUACAGGCAUGUUGCUCAUUGAGUUCUGCCUGCUUCGCGUGAAGUUAUUUUCUCAUGAAAUAAAACAGAAGUGAAGAGCAGGUGUGGAAGAGGAAUGUUUCCCAAGGAGUUAAGAUAGAGACUCCUCCUUCUACUAUGUAAUGAACUCUUAGCUAAUGCAUUUUAGACAUACUAGUAUCUCAUUCUUAAGAGCAUAUCUCUACAACCUGUCAGAGUCAUAAGGACCCAGAGGAAGAAUUGGUGAGAAACAGGUAUUGAAGUUCUCACAGAUUGUUGAAAUAAAAACAAUUUAGGAAAAUAUACAGCAUGCUUUGGAUAGUCUUGAAUGAUACACAACCAACAUUUUGGUGUAUUUCCUGUUUGCUACUCUGAUCUGAUAAACUAUUUUUCACUGGAAAGUGAACCUUCCAAAAAGAUUGUGUUUGCAUUAUUGAGUAACUUGCAAACUUUCACGUGUGUGAAAUGUAUUUACAAUGCUCUUCAGAAGCUGUUGUAUUGAUUGAGUGUUCAUGUGUUAAUCCUAGUUUUGUUUAUUAAAUUUCUUUCUCAUUUGUGUCUGCUGCAGCCAGAAACACGAUCCACAACCAUCUCUCAGAUGUUUUCCAAAGCCACAAAAGCCUUCGUGAAGGACACAGAUCAUGAUGGACGCCUUAUCCCUGUGUCCAGUCUGAACGACACAGACAAACUGAAUCUCCGAUCACUCAUUGUCAAGACCAGGCCCAGAUGCUUCUGGCAGGAACCCAAAAACCAGUCCCCUGGCUUUACCCUCAGUGAUGUCCUGAAGCCAAGAGAGCCUGGAGACUCACCUUUAAGCCCAAGUAAGCACCAGAGCAGCCCAUUAGUGAAGAAUAACUAUGGGUUGUUGUUCUAAAAUAUCUGACCAUUGAUUUUCAUUAUUUAUCCUACUCUUGUCUUUCUGAAUAGAUUAUGAAAAUGAUCGGGUUGUGGAUGUAGCUGUUAUAUAUAUAUAUGUGUUGUGGUAUAAUAGCAUAGAAGAGUCCUUUCUAAUGUUGAAUGUUCCUUCAGCUGUCAAGGAGUGUGACUUUGUGGACUACACUGGGACAUUUGGUGACAAGAAAGAAAUGAACGCAGACGGAAACGUGCAGGCAAAGGUGGCUGGUUUCAAACUUACCGUGGGAGGGAAAUUGUUCACCAAACAGAAGCUGUCCCUUGGCAGCCUGAACAAAGAGAAGGUUGAUGUGAAGGAGUUAUAUAACUACUCAAAAGACAGGUGAGUUACCCUAUACUGGACGUAUGUUCAAUACAGUCAUAUACAGUCAUAAUACAUCAUACAGUUCACCUUCCCAAGGAGUCAAUUUUUAGACCCAAGACCAGCGGGCAACAAUGGUUGCAAUGACAUCAGACAAGUAUCUUUUAUGUAAAAAUGACAUUUUCUGGUUGAAGUACUUUCAGAUAACAAAUAAAUGGAACUGUACUGGUUUAACAACUUCCUUAAAGUUAAACUACAUCCUCACUGUUUUCACUACCAGUUUACCUUAAAGGGACAAUCUGUGAUUGGUACAUCAAUUUUUUUACUUUUAAAGUAGCUUUCCAGUGUUUCCAGAUUUCUAUGAAAUCUGACCUAUAAUGGCCCCUCCUGCAGAGUUCUGGACAUGUCACAUCCUGUGAUCAAGCAGACCCGUGUGAAUCCCAGGGCAGUGUUAGGCGUCUUGACGGAGAGGAUUAUGACGUCACUACCUUGCCCAGUCACAACCAAAGUCCGGAAGCGCGGCAAUGUAGGAGCCAACAUGAGCGCCUGUGUGGCCCUGAGCGGAAAGGUAGGAGGAAAGAUUAACAAGCAUGAAUUAUAUUUGCAUUGUCGUAUCGGGUGAAUGGUGGCAAUUAUUGCUGUCAACAAAGAGUCCGCUUAUGCUGCACAAUGAUUAGAGGCUUUUAUUAAUAUCACAAGGUUACAGCAUAAGUUACAGACCCGCGGUGUCUGGAGAACGGCGUCCCAGAUUGCAAUGGCCGUUCUGUCUCUCUUUCGUUUAGCCCCUACUUAUAAACAAUGCAAAAAGAUGGGCUCCCUCUUCUGGCCAAUCACCAGUCUCCCCUGUCUACAACACACUUCCUGUCUGUUGUAUGUGACGUUACACUAAAACAUUCCCUCUUGAUACUAAAAUCAACAUUCUUUCAGUUCCACUUAAAAACAUUUAACAACGUCAUAAUCUCAAUACACGACAUAUCCCCCCUUCGAGACGAACAGUCUCGAAAACAAACAGAAUAGGAUUAUGACAAGUAACAAUUUAUCUUAUUGAGUAUCUUUAACAUUAAACCAAAAACAUUCUUCUCUAGAGUGUAAAUACCUUUCUAUGAAAUAACUGUUUAUGAAGUGUGAAUACAUUACUAUGAAAUAUGAACAAAUCUCUAUGGAGUGUAAGAGCGAAAAACUGUCCGGCAGCCAUCUUUUCAGAUAUCCAUCCAUCAAUCAAGACAGUAAAAUUCUCUCACGGUCCCUCUGCCCCAGGCAACGACCUAGAUACUCCAAAUAAACUCAUAAACCAUGUAAAUGCAUUUGAAACUAUGAUGCAAUUAAAUACACAUGUAAGCCCCUGCAAACAAAAUCCUAUCCAAAAAAUAUCCACUCUAAGGCUGGUCAACCCAUUGGACCCUAAAGUGGACCUCUCCCUGCCUAAACUCCCUGUCCCUAAGCAUUCACGAAAUAAACAAAAACAUCUAAGAUCCUCACAUGUAUUCAAUAACAUCAAACAUCAUUCUACAAAAAUUAAUACCUAAGAAUAUGACACAAUUAUGUAUUACACAUGCAAAUAUGUCUAUAUUUCAUUGCAGACACUGGAAUGUAGUCCACUACACUUCAUCUCCCCGUAGUCUCCUCUUCCAAUGGAUUGUUGAUGAUGGAAUCGGCCACACCCUCCUUGUUUCAUCUCCUCCAGUCAUAUUGUCCCUUCAUAUUGUCCUUGUUUGAGUAUUUCAAUCUCCAUAUGUUCCCCAAAUGCUUCUGGAAGAAAAGGAAAAACCAAACAGUAUCUUUUGCAAAACAACACUUUCAAAUUAAACAUCAAUAUCAACUAAGAAUAUAAAAAUGAUAUAUAAAUGAUGUAUGAAUCACAUAAAUGAUAGAAUAAUGAACUAGGAUAAUUAUUCAUUCAUACACUUCCCCCCUGUGAUUCAUAAAAUCAUACCAAAAUCACCCCAAUAUUGAAAUUUUUUUGGGGGAAAAAUUAUCAAAACAUCAAAAAUUAUAUUUAUCCAUUCAGUUCCACUUGUCCAUCUUCAUCCAGAUCAGGAACAGUCAACACCGGCAUCUGAGUGUUGUCUCCAGGCAUCACUCUCCAACCUAUCUCAAUAUCAUAGCUUUCUCAAAGGUCAGUAACAAAUUACAAACAUCACACAGUGUUAUCAAAGCUGCCAUUAAAUGUAACCCAUCACUGCCCCUACUGGCCUACCUGAUCUUGCAACCAAGUCUUCUCAGAUCUCCCAAACGCAUCCCUUAUAUUCUUCAACGCAUCUAUAACACUCGUGAUAAUAUCUGAACUAUCUGGACUCAAAGUAUACCUAAUAUUAUCAAUAUGAUCUUCCCAAAUGUUACACCAUACCAUGGAAAAAGUCCCCCCUUCUCCCUUAGAUUUAUCCUUCAAUGAUAGGCUUGAAGACUAUGACAUGUAGCCAUGUCUCUUUUCAUCCAAUUUCAAAUAUAGCUUCAGAUUUCUGUGUCCGGUGCUACCCCUCUUAUAAUGGUAAAAACCUCAUAUGGAAGCUUCAACGUUGACAUGUAACAACAUCCUGUCUAUCCAUAGGGUAAGAAUAUAUAUGCUUUAUCACCACAAACCCUCCAAAUAUCUCUAAAAUUCCCCAUAGUCACAUGGUCCUCUGUAGCUCAGCUGGUAGAGCACGGCGCUUGUAACGCCAAGGUAGUGGGUUCGAUCCCCGGGACCACCCAUACACAAAAAAGAUGUAUGCACGCACGACUGUAAGUCGCUUUGGAUAAAAGCGUCUGCUAAAUGGCAUAUUAUUAUUAUUAUUAUUAAAAGCUAAUCUUUUACCAUCAAAGUCCUGCUCUUCUUACUACCUGGUACAUAAAAAGUAACAUAUUUCUCAUUACUACCCUUAAGGUCAUGCAUACCCAAAGUUAUCAUAUAACAUCACAAUCUGAUAUUCCCAUAAACAUACCCCUUACUCAUAUGUUUUAUUAGAACAAAAACAACUUUUAGCCCUCAAUGGUUACACCUCAAAUGCUUCAGGGUUUGCUGUUACCUGAUUUUCCUUCCCAUCUAACAAAUGCACCCAAGUUAAUUCACUUAACCCAAUACCACCUAACCCUAGGCUUAAACAAAUGUUUUGACAAUGACAUUAUUUUAUCUGUUACUGAUUGUUGUUGCUGAUACAACAGUCAUGACAAAGCAUAAGAUUGACACAUACUUGAUAGAGGUCGAGCGACCGUCUCUAACAUGUUUGGUGCUGGAAUUCUCACCAGACAUGGACCCUCAAGAUUCCUCACUGAUUUUACAGAAUGAGCUGCUGGAACCUGCCCAUCUAUCUCUAAUUUUCACAACAGAAGAAUCAAACCACUCCCUUUAGUUUCUCUCUCCCCUAACGAGCGGUACUGAUCAGAUACCUCUCCUUGUCUGUCAUUAAAAUCAAAGACCUCAUCCUGUACCUCCAUGAUGAAUCUAUAUUCUCUCUACUACUAUCUGUUCUCCUAUUUUAACCCUAUUCGUCUUGCUACCCCCUUUAAUUUCAGAAAAGUUGUUGUCGGUGUCAUACUUCCUACAUUUGCUAUUGCCAUCGUAUCAUUAAUCCCUUCCAAAGUUACCAUUAAAGUAGUUGAUUUAGUUGAUGUAUUAACCUUAAUUACUUCUAGUGCCAAAGUUACCAAUAUCCUAUGUGUAUUAUUUACUGUUGGAGUGACUACUGUAACAUAUUCUUCCUGACCUCCUUUGAUUAGGUGCAACAGCUUCUACUCCUGGUCCUGAUAACAAUACUUAUUCUCCAUAAUUAUCUCUCCAUGUGGGAGGAACGUCCCCAUCCUAACCCUAAUAAGUAUUUUUCCCCCUAAAAUUGGUGCUGGAGCUAUUGGUUCCCUUAUAAUCAAAUGCGAUAUAUUUAUGGCUUUAAUAACUAUCAAUGUUGAAAGAGUUAAAUUGCUUCUCACUGUUGUUAUAAUAGACUGAAGUGUUAAUGUCCUUAGUUACUUCAUCCAUUUUCCAAAGAUUUGAAGUCUUUGCUUGUACUUCCAUCUAUCACCACUAGUGUCACUUUUUUCCAACUCUCAGUCCUACCUCUCAAACUUUUGAUUAUAAAAAUACACCUAUAAUUACCUUGAUCUCCCUACUCUAAAGUGUCCUUCACCACUGUUCUCUCUCUUACUACUAACUUUGAAACUUAGCUUACUGUCUUAGAGUUCCUUCAACCUAGUUCUCCUAACUUAUUUUAAUCUAAUCUUUUCUCCUAACCUUUAAAAACCUUUUCCACUGAUUUAUUCACAAAAUCCCUUUACCACCAAUUUUUAGGAUAUGUGAUUGGGAAAGUCCCCCUGCUUCUGACUUCUUUACACACAGACUUGGCAAACGACUAAACACCUUUUAGCCUAGCCUGAAAUCUCUUAGUGUAAGAAUGUAACCCAGAAUAACAGUCACCCCUUUUAACUUUAUUUUUCAGACAGAUUGUCUAAUAGGCAGUCUAAUAGAUUAUCAUCCUUCCUAUGAUAUGAUCUUUUUAAGCCAAUAUGAUUCCCAAAAACCCUACUUUUUAAAAUCUUCUACCAGACAGCCGUUUAGUGUACAUCUUAUUGUACAAUUCAAUUUACACCAUGCAUCUCUUCCCAACAAUGCAAUAGGUAUAUGCUCUAAUAUUAGUAUCUUAAGAGUAAUUAACUGUUUUACUACCUCAAAUCCCUAUCCUAAUUAGUUAAUUAUACAUAGUGAGAUGUUUAACCUCUUUAGGCUGAACACAGAUAAGUUUUUACACUAUUCACUCUCACUUCUCAUAGUCCUCUGGUUUUACUUCAAUUGUUAGCUAUUUUCUCUUCUUCUCUAAUCGGUGCUAUCAGCUGACACCCCCCUUCGUAUCUUCUAGGCACUAACAGGUGAUCUCGACUGCCCCUGUAUCUUCCUUAAAAAUGUUCUCUGUUGUUUCCUCCUGACUUGUUGCACUCACAGGUAAAGUAACCAAUCUGUCCACAAUUAUAACAGUCUUCUGAAAGUUGCUGGAAGUGUAGCUGAAAUCUUCCUCCUCCUUCUAAGCCUUCUCGUCCUCUUCCUCUCCAAUUCUGUGUCUGUCCAGAAACUGGCUGUGGAUAUGGAACACCUGGUACCCCCCUUUGGCUGGUACAAUUGCAUUUGAUAUUGUUCAGUUGAAGCUGUAACAGUGAUUGUUGAUUUGGUUCACUCUGAUUCUUCAUAACCAAAGCUUCUCUUCUCCACCAGUUGUAUGAUUGAGUUUUCUCAGAGUUUCUUCGUCCUGUUCUUUGUUGUUGACAUAUCAGGAUUCUUCAACAGCUUAUAUUCUAAGUUCUGUCCUCAAAAUAUCAUCUUCCAUCAUCUUCUUACUUUUCUUCUGUGAUCGUCGUUUCUGCUUGUCCUCUAUCUAUUAUUCGUCUUCAUCUCUGAUGCAACAAUCACCCUCCUGGAUGAUCACCGGAAGCUGAGGAUAAACAUCCCUAAGCUCUACUUCCUUCUCGUAAGGUGGGUGUCUUUUUGCUGAAUCCGUAUGUGAGAAAGGUGUACUAACUUCUGCCAUUAGUUUCUCCUGUCACCUUCUCUAUACCUCUGUUUAUCUUAUCGCUGGAAUCUUUUAUCAGUUUUUGUUUGAGAAUGAAGGGCAACAUUUGUUUCAUUUGCCGGAUAACCUAGCAAUACUCUAGUUAAAGGGUUACUAUUUUGUACUAUAUCAAUCGGUGUAAUUACUUUUAUAGCCUUGAUGUCAUUUUUCCCCAUUGUAACAACCCUUUUAUAUUCCUUUAUCGUGAAUUAUUUUAUUUUAGACUAUAUAGCCUAUGGCUUCCCCCCUCUAAUUAUUAAUAUAAACCUAACAACUCCAAAAAAUUUUUUUUUUUAAAUAAAUCAAUUAAAAAUCAUGAAUAAUUAAAACCAAUUUUUAUUCCUAUAUCCUAUGUCACCAAUUUAUCAAUUAGUGUUGGCUAUCUUACCACAACCCAUCAAAUGCAAGUAGUCAACUUCAGAGCAAUCCCAAAAACAAAGCCUGUAACCCCUUGCUCUAUAACCCCUUGCUCUAUAAGCACCUAAUUAUCUUAAAUUUACAGAAUAAUGUCAGUCCUUGAUUCCCAACACAUCUGUAAUUAACCCAAGUGAUGCACAUAGCCUCCAAAAUGCAAUUUUUAAUGAAAUAGUAUUUUCCAAGCCUAUGUGAAAUUGUCAUAACAUCAAAUAUUUUGUAACCAGACCAGUCUCAAACCCUUUUUUGACUUGAUCCUCUGCCGCGUCACGUGAUGUCACAUCAGCACUUCCUGUAUCUCCUCUCUCCUCUCGCUUAUCGUUCCUCUCAUAUGACAAAAGAACAGAGACACAGGAAAAGAUUUUAGUAGUUAAUGCAAUCACUGAGUUAUUUCAAGCAUAUUCAAUAUUCCCCCACUCAUAUUCGCUCUAAGACUUAAUUUAAUUCAUUACGUAUUUUAUUUUAAUCCGUCAUUUAACUCAGGACUAAAUAUAUCGCUCAAAAACAUUUUUAGUUUAUUUUAAUCCGUCAUUUAAUUUAAUUCAUUACGUCAACAUAUACCUAAUUUAUAAAUUCACUACAUCUCAACAAAUAGUUUCAUGUUCAAACACCAGCCGCUUUAAAACUAUAAGAUUCGUGUUAAAAUCUCUCAUUGUCUGUGUGUUUCUCUGUCUCCCUGCAGCCCCCAACAGAAAUAUGACCCAUUAGCAAAAACGUGUUGUAGUUUAGUACCGUAAACCAAAACGUGUCCUAAUCUCGUGCCAUAAACUACAACUCCCACGUUUUGUAGUGUAGUGUCAUAAAAUUAAACGCAUGCGCAAAUGCAUUCAAUGAUACGAUUCCCAAACACUAGACCGAUAGCAUUACGCUACAGCUUCACUAUUUUAUACCUUAUACUCACACAACUACACAUAACAGAGCUCACAUUUGCGUAGAACUCUGAAUUCCACCCACAUACAAACAAAUGUAAGAGGCUUUAAUCCAUCGCAAUGGCCCUCUAAGGACACGUUAGCAUGUAGCACGCAACACAAUUAGCAUUUAGCAUUAGCCGCUAUGUAUAAUGUGGCAUGACCCACACUCCAGCAUUUAGCAUUAACAUUAGCCUUUAGCUAACUGCGGCCUACCACACAAACAAACAUCCUGCACUGCCCUUAUUCCUUUUAACAUAUUUCCCUACCAUUUGUGCUACCGUGGAUUAAUGACCAUUUCACCGAGAAAUUAGACCCAAUCAAACCCCCCGUCGGACGAAAGUCGAACCAUAAUCACAAUCAGAUAAACCCCAUCAAACCAAGUUUUUAAAACCCACCGACUGCACAUUCUAUCGUGCAAGCGGAUUUGUCGGCCCAUCAUUUUCUAAAUGGCCCCCCCGGGGUCUUAAGCGGUACAGUGCCCUAAUGAAUGCGCAUAUCGGUUUUAAUUGUACACCUUCAAUACUUAAUUCCUACCGUUUUAUGCUCUAAACUUCCAAUUACCUGCCGUUUACCCAUGGAAUAUAUUAUAACAGACUCUAGUCGACCGCAAUAACGCCACACGAGGCACGGUCGUAUGGUACACCUCUCCAGUGUACACAAGCAGGAUCCAAUCUAACAAGCUCCAAAGCGGUAAGAAAAACUCACCCUUGUCUGGCCAUGGCUUCAAAGCGAGUUAGCCUGGCGGCUGAAUGAAACAACGGGGAGAUGCAGACCAGCCCCACGUUGGGCGCCAUUUGUCGUAUCGGGUGAAUGGUGGCAAUUAUUGCUGUCAACAAAGAGUCCGCUUAUGCUGCACAAUGAUUAGAGGCUUUUAUUAAUAUCACAAGGUUACAGCAUAAGUUACAGACCCGCGGUGUCUGGAGAACGGCGUCCCAAAUUGCAAUGGCCGUUCUGUCUCUCUUUCGUUUAGCCCCUACUUAUAAACAAUGCAAAAAGAUGGGCUCCCUCUUCUGGCCAAUCACCAGUCUCCCCUGUCUACAACACACUUCCUGUCUGUUGUAUGUGACGUUACACUAAAACAUUCCCUCUUGAUACUAAAAUCAACAUUCUUUCAGUUCCACUUAAAAACAUUUAACAACGUCAUAAUCUCAAUACACGACAGCAUCAAUCUUCAUAUAUUACUGGUAACUCAGAUGUAGAUUAUCUCUGUUGUAAAAUAGAUUUUUAAUCUCAAUAAUCUCACUUUAUGAUAGCUAGGCCUACAUAAAUAAAGUAAUUGUCAAGACCAUAUUGACAGAUCACAGAUGUCUGUUCAGUAGUGGUAAUACUCACAGAUGUCUAUUCAGUAGUGGUAAUACUCACAGAUGUCUGUUCAGUAUUGGUAAUAGUCACUGAUGUCUGUUCAGUAGUGGUAAUAGUCACUGAUGUCUGUUCAGUAGUGGUAAUAGUCACAGAUGUCUGUUCAGUAGUGGUAAUAGUCACAGAUGUAUGUUCAGUAGUGCUAAUAGUCACAGAUGUCUGUUCAGUAGUGCUAAUAGUCACAGAUGUCUGUACAGUAGUGCUAAUAGUCACAGAUGUCUGUUCAGUAGUGCUAAUAGUCACAAUCAAUCAAUCAAUUUUAUUUUAUAUAGCCCUUCUUACAUCAGCUAAUAUCUCGAAGUGCUGUACAGAAACCCAGCCUAAAACCCCAAACAGCUAGUAAUGCAGGUGUAGAAGCACGGUGGCUAGGAAAAACUCCCUAGAAAGGCGAAAACCUAGGAAGAAACCUAGAGAGGAACCAGGCUAUGAGGGGUGGCCAGUCCUCUUCUGGCUGUGCCGGGUGGAGAUUAUAACAGAACCAUGCCAAGAUGUUCAAAAAUGUUCAUAAGUGACAAGCAUGGUCAAAUAAUAAUCAGGAAUAAAUCUCAGAUGUCUGUUCAGUAGUGGUAAUAGUCACAGAUGUCUGUUUAGUAGUGGUAAUACUGUAUCUUGCUCUAGUCAGAAUUAUGUAGCUUGGUUGUUCCAUGAAAAUAGUGCUUUGAUAUUGAAAGUAGAAAUGUAAGAUCAACCCUGUUACUUGAACUGAACUGUCGUUUUAAUAUGGUGAAACUAUUCCUUUUUAAAUAUUUUUUUCAAAAUAAAUAAUCUAAUAGUCAAUCAUAGUGUAAAAACUGGUGAGCUUGUUCUACUCUUUUAGGCAAUUUUUUUGGUGUUUUGUGGCGGAAAAUUGAGUGGUUCGACACACGCCAUUGAUAGACAUGCUAGAAAAGUUUAAAAAAAAAAAAUAAUAAUUGUGAAGCUUGCUUUCAAUUGCCACUCCCUGCAAACAACAAGCUUCCAUUCCCCCUGUCACAAGGGUAACCCUGGUUACGGUCAACCUUCCUUACUUUAUUUGGCACUUAAUAGGCACUUACUAUAGUCAUAAAAAAAACAUUAUUUCUUGAGAUGGGAAUUGGUGGAAUGACCCAGCACUAGUUACCACAUCAUUUCCUGUUUUUGUCAUUAGACCCACUUCCUGAAAAUGAAAUGGUGUAGUAGAGGUGACUGUCUGGGUUAGAAUCUGGGUCGUCUGUGCACCAAACGUCUCUGACUGAUUUGACAUUUUCUCCACAGGCCUCUAUGAAGCAGAGCGGCAGUACUCAGACAGAUAGUGAUGUGUCACUGGUUAUUCCUGCAAAUACUGUCAUGGCCUACAGUCUGAUUGACCUCUACGUCAAAUGCAAUGGACAGUUUGGUGAGGAAGUGUAUGGUUAAUCAAGUACAAUGUCCCAGGUAUAGCUGCAUGGUUAAGUACCAUGGUAAAGUACACCGCCAGCUUCUAUGUUCCUCAGUGUAUUUAGUACAGCCACUGUCUGUGUGUGACUGGUUAUGGCUGUUGUCUGCUCUUGUCCACAGAGCUGUGCCUCAUUCACAAAAAUGGGGGCUUUGAAAUGGAUAAGUCAAAUUAUGAGUUUGAAGAGGAUGGAAUUAUGGACCUGGGAGGCGACUUUGAUGUCAACAGCCCCCUAAAUCUGAAGAAAGGUAAUAAUGCCAAUGGAGGCUAAUGUCUCCUGUCUAGUGGUCAACAUGCAGUCUACUGAAUGGAUCAUCUGGUCAACAUGUAAUGUAGUCUACUGAAUGGAACGUUUGGUCAACAUGUAAUAUAGUCUACUGAAUGGAACGUUUGGUCAACAUGUAAUGUAGUCUACUGAAUGGAACGUCUGGUCAACAUGUAGUCUACUGAAUGGAACGUUUGGUCAACAUGUAAUGUAGUCUACUGAAUGGAACGUUUGGUCAACAUGUAAUGUAGUCUACUGAAUGGAACGUUUGGUCAACAUGUAGUCUACUGAAUGGAAACGUUUGGUCAACAUGUAAUGUAGUCUACUGAAUGGAAUGUUCAACAUUUCUCUUUGAUUAGUAAUUACAAAGUUACCACACUUUUGAACUAUAUAACAAUUAAUUGAUUUCUUGCAUGAAAAAUACCACACUUUGACUAAAUGGUCUCUAUGUUGUUUGUGUGUUGACAGAACUGGAGAAACUGAGUGGUCAUUUCCAGCUGCUGUCAGCCCUGCCAGCAGCCACACGUUCCUCUCUGCUCCAGCUCCUCCAGACAACCAUGGAGGAUGGAGAGGCAGUCAGUGUGCUGGAGAGUGUGGUGAGUGGGACGUACAGAAACACGGGCCAAACCAAACACACACACACACACACACACACAACUUAAUGGCAGGAAUGAAUAUAUCAACAAGAAUAUCUGUAACACACUCUCUGUCUUAAAUAUACUCUCUCUCUCUCAAUUCAAUUCAAUUUCAAUUUAAGGGGCUUUAUUGCAUGGGAAACAUAUGGUUUAAUUGUCAAAGCAAUUUGAAAUAGAUAAUAAACAAAGGUGAAAUAAACAAUAAAAAUGAACAGUAAACAUUACGCUCACAAAGUUCAAAAAUAAUAAAGAAUUUCAAAUGUCAUAUUAUGUCUAUACUACAGUGUUGUUAAUGAUGGUUCAAAUAGUUAAAGUACAAAAGGGACCAAUAAAUAAACAUAAAUAUGGUGUUUGUUCUUCACUGGUUGCCCUUUUCUUGUGGCAAACAGUCACAAAUCUUGCUGCUGUGAUUGCACACGUGGCUUUGGAUUGUGUUUGUGGUUGUGUGGCUGUGGCUUUUGCUUUGUGUUGUUGACUUGGAACACUGGUGGUAUUUCCACCCAAUUAAUAUGGGAACUUUCUUCAAAUUGUGAUUUCAAUGGAUUUUGUUUUUUUUUUUUCGAAUUUUUUUUUUUCGAAUUACUUGUUGGGUUCUGUGUAUUCUGAGGGAAAAGGCAUGUGUCUCUAAUUUGGUCAUACAUUUGGGCGGCCAAGGAGUUUAGGUGAAGUGCAGCUCAGUUUUCUAUCUCAUUUUGUGUGCAGUAUUAGUUGGAAAAAACCAUACAUAGCUGUCUUCUCGUGAGAGCCAGGUCGCCUUCGGCUGCCUUCUCUAAAUUAGCAAGGCAAUGCUCACUGAGUCUGUACACACGUAAAAGCUUUCAUUAGUUUGUGGUCAAAGUCACCAAGUGGUUUAGAUACAUCUGCCACUGUGGUACUCCUCUGUUUAGGGCCCAAAUAGGCCAUUUCUAGUAUUUUUUGUAAUCUUUCCAUUGUUGUCAAGUAGUUACUUAUCUUUUUGUUGUCAUCUGAUUUGGUUGGGUCUAGUUAUUGUUGCUGUGCUGUAUGGGGGCUUUGUGGGGGUUUUUUUUUUGUUUGUGAACAGGAGCCCCGGACCCAAGCUUUACUUAGGGGACUCUUCUCCAGGGUUCAUCUCUCUGUAAGGUGAGGCUUGUUGUUAUGGAAGGUUUGGGAAGCGCUUUCCUUUUUAGGUGGCGAAUUUUAAUGGAAUUUUAUUUAUUUUUAAUUUAUUUGGUGAAUAAUGCGCGGUGGGGGGGGGCGGGGGCCAGUUGGGUGGGGAAUAAAAUGAAGAAAAAAAAAAGUAAAAGCGGCGCGGCCGGGGGGAGGGAAAAAAGAGAAGAAUAUAGAAAAGUAAAAUCGCUUUCCUUAGGGGUGGUGGGGUGGUUUGAUUUUUUUAGUGAUGAAUUUUUUGAUUUAUUUUUGAGUUUGAAUUUUGCAAUUUUAUUGAAAUUAUUUGAUUUUAACUUGAAUUUUUAUUAUAAUUUUAUUUUUUUUUUUUUUAACGGCUUCUCUUUUUCUGGAUUUUGAUUAAAAAAAUAUUUGAUAAUUUUUUUUUAUUUUUUUUUUUUAAUUUUUUAUUUUUAUUUUUUUUAUUUUUUUUUUUUAAAAUUUUUGGGAUCUUUUCUUUUUUUCCAGUUUUUUAGGUGUUUAGGGUGGUUGAAUUUUAA